AUGAUUGACCUAACUGUUAAUCUGAAUAAUGAAAAAGAUAGUAAUGAAAAUGUGUCUCAAUAUUUAUAAAGUUUGAAUACUAUUAUUUGUGAUAUGCACAUUUUAUUUUAGCAAUUCAGGAAGUUAGAUCAACUUCAAGAGGUUUUAAUAAAAUAUAGAUAGAAAAUUAGAGAAUAUUUAAUUAAUAUUGUUAAAGAAAAUACAUAACUGGAGGUUUACUUAUAAUCAAUUCAUGAAGGUUAAUCACAUAUUGAAGUUAUUAAUUAAUUGCUUCAAUUUUUAUUUGAAUUGAUUUGAAUCUGGUAAUUAAAUUUUACAAAAAUUGUAGAAGUAUAAUUUCAAUUAAGAUUGUAUAAAUGAAAAUAAUAUUUUAAGUAUUGAUAAAACUUAGAUUUUAUAUUAAUACCCAUUUUUAUUUUCUGUAAAGCUUAGCAUAGAUAAAGAAAAUAAUUCCUCGAAAUUAAAAUUAAAAUUAAGAUAAACCUUGUAUUUUUAUUUCGGUAUGACAAGAGUUGGGAAAAGCAUGAUUAAAUGUUUAAUAAAAUAAAAAAUAUAGUUAUUUUUAAUAAAUAUAUCAAAAUUGAAGUAUAUCUCAUUAUUAUAUAUUAAGUAAUCCUGAAAAUAUUAUAAUUAUUUUGGAUAAUAAAUAUUUGAUAUAAAAGACAUAAAUACUAAAAUUAAAAUAUCUCAUAAAAAUUCUAGUCAAACAUUUCAAAUGUAACAUCUGA